AUGGCGUUUCCUCUUCAAGACGUCACCGUACCCGAACUCAAGGAAUUAUGCCAAGCAAUAUGGGACUGGAAAUUGUGCGAGAAUUGCCAAGAAUACAUAGGAGGAAGAUCCUCCCCAUCACGACGCUGUCUGGGGGCCGACGAUUGCCCCUGGGGGCAAAGAAGUGAACGCCUAGGCCCCUUUUUCGAUUUCUACCGAGAGGUGACCGGGUCGUACGUCCCGGACUUCUUUGGCGAGGAGGACCAGGCUCUUAGGGGUCACCGGGACCUCUUCGACAUUAUCCGGCUCACCAGGCGAUGCGGCUUUACGCUUCCUCGAGCGCUCUGUGUGCGCGAGCAUUUUGCUACUCGUUUCGGGGACGUUGAUAGACAGACGAUGGUGCCCGAGAGCGAUCAGGACCGUGCCUUCAAUCUGGCGGCCCGAGUCUUGACCAUGACAAAUUUCGACGGUGCCGAUAAUCAAGACUUCUUCCUCGACCGGAUGCGCAAUGGGGACGAGGGAGGCAUAGGCGCCCCGCCACCAGCGGUCUGGGCCUCUACCAAGUGCUUGCAAGACACCAUGGCGGAGAUCUUCCCUCCUCGGAUCCAUCCCAGUUUGCAAGUUGGCGAUCCCCAGUCGACAGCCAUCAAGAACAGCUUAACAGCCGAAAUGUUAAAAAGGGUUGCCAGGAUAAGGAUAGAGCGGACUGAUGACUUGCGGGACCACCUGAGGCUGGAUUCGGCGAUGGGAGUAGUGCAGGUCUUUCAUCUGACCAGUGUUCUAAGGGAACAUCUCUUGGCCACAAAGUCUAGAGGGGGCGAUGAAGCCCUCCCACGCGAACUGGCACUCGAGACCCUCUACACCCUCCAGCUCCUCUUCCCACCAGGCGGCACCUCGCAAGCAAUGCUCCGGACGCUGGUGAGCAAGCAGGGCUUCGACCCAGACUCACUCCGGUUCGGGACGGCCUUAUUCGAGCUCAGCCCGCACGAGAGGGAGAGGGCGCUGUGUUUCCCCGUCUGGGGCACACGCCUGAUGGACCUGUACGACGAGGUCGAGAACCCGAAGCCGCGCGGGAAGCUGGAUGUGUGGCUGGAGAGGAGGAGCAAGUCACGGCAUAUCAUGCUCGCGACCGCCGUGGGCAUCUUUACCGCCGUGCUGCUGGGGCUGUUGAGUCUCUGCCCUGCCAAAUUUUGUGGUCCGGUCCGCCGGUUCAGUUCAUGA